AUGCCCGUCACCAUUUGUUCUAAAGAUACCAACUUUCUGGCUCUAGCAGAGGAGGAGGGGGAGGACGGCGGGGGUCGCGAUGUGCGCAGGGGGCCAGGCGGCAGGCCGGAGCGCAGGGAGAAGCUGGCGCUGUACCUGGCCGAGGUGGAGAAGCAGGACAAGUACCUGCGGCAGAAGGGCCGGUUCCGCUUCCACAUCAUCCCCGACGGGAACUGCCUCUACCGCGCCGUCUGCAAGGCGGUGUACGGGGACCAGCGGCUGCACAGCGAGCUCCGCGAGCAGACCGUGCACUACAUCGCCGACCACCUGGACCACUUCAACCCUAUCAUCGAGGGCGACGUGGGAGAGUUCCUCAUCGGCGCCGCCCAGGACGGGGCCUGGGCCGGCUACCCGGAGCUGCUGGCCAUGGGGCAGAUGCUGAACGUGAACAUCCACCUCACCACGGGCGGCCGGCCCGAGAGCCCCACCGUUUCCACCAUGGUUCACUACCUGGGGCCCGAGGACCCGACACGGCCCAGUAUCUGGCUGAGCUGGCUUAGCAAUGGGCACUACGAUGCUGUGCUGGACCGCGUGUGCCCCAACCCAGAGUACGAGGCGUGGUGCAGACAGACUCAGGUACAGCGCAGACGGGAUGAGGAGCUGGCCAAGUCCAUGGCAGUGUCCUUGUCCAAGAUGUACAUUGAGCAGAAUGCCUGCUCUUGAGACCACCUGGGCCCCAGGCUGGGAGCUUUGCUGCAGGGACUGAGACAGACAGAAGGUGUGCUGGCUGUGAUGGUGAUGCCUUAAUCCUUAAUGAAGCAGCAGCACCCCAGACUGAGAAGGACUGUAGAUUGUGGGGGAUAAAUACAAACGUCUUUGUAAUAUUCUGUUGUAAAAACUUAGCCUCGGAUUAUUUGCAAGCAGAUUCUCCGUGUGUGUUUGUGUCUCCCCUCCCCACUGUCUGUCUAUUUUCUAUAAGAAUGUAUUUUUUGCACAAUAUUUUUAAACUGUUACCUCCAUCUUCUACAUCUUACAUUAGUAUCUGGCUUUCAGCUGUACAGCCAAAAAUGUUUGUAAACAGUUUUUGUAAAUAAGGCUUAUGAUGUAACAGCUAUUUUUUGCUGUGUUUUUUACCCAUAAACCUUAUAUUUUUACCAAAUGAAGUUGAUGUCAAACUGACCCCCCCUAAUUGAUGAAAGCAUUGUGGGUAUUUUCUUGCAAAACUAAAACAAUGUUUUUUGUAAAAGUGCAGCAAAGUAUGAACAGACUGCUUUUCGGAACAGUUGCUUUCUCUGCCUGGAGCACGGAACAGGUCCUUUGAGCCAGUUGGAAUGCAGCUACACGUGAACAGUACAGGGAGCAAUUGACUCUUCUGUAUUUAAUUACUGUUUUGAGUAAACUGGUCUCUUGUUGCCUGGUUGGCUUGCCCUCUGCUCCAUUUAUAUUAUUUAUCUGUAAUAACAGAACAUUAACUUGCAAUAGAAUGUUGUGACUAGGUAAUAGUCUCCUGCUUUGGCAAUAAUUGCCUUGGCUGCACCUCGGUGUUUGUGUUCUUGUUUCUGGGGUUAUGGUGUCUUUUGUAUAAGCCUGGCUUCUUUUUUGGCACUGGUGUUGCACCAACAAAUCAUUAUCUGAUCACAACAUUUUAUUCACUGGAUGUUACUUUCUAAUCAAGAAAUCAGGAAUGGUAUUCUACUUUAUGGUUUAAAAGAAAAAAAGUAUUUAAAUUGAGGUUUGUAUGGUUUGCUGGGUCAAACAUUUAAGUGUUUCCAAUUUGAAUUCUGUCUCUUCUACUUUCUGAUUAACUUGUUAGAUAUAUUUAUUAAGUAAUGCAGUUUGUACUUUUUUAUUUUGUAAUAUAUUGUGAUUUUGGAAUUUAUACUGUAUUUGUAUAAUAGGAAUAUUCACAGCUAAAAUGGAAUGAAUAAAGAAUAUAAUUUUA